GCUGUUUAUUUGAGCGGCGAUCGUCUCCGGGUGUGGAAGUAACCAGUCUGUCCAUCGAUCACGCGAAUCUCAUCUCGUCAUCUUCGCAUAGUUUUCGCCUCGUUGAAUCAUCACUCUCGGUUCUUGGAACGAACGAAUGUGACAACCUUUGCGCAAAACGUCGCAUAAGAAUCUCGCUUAAUCAAUUAAAACAGUCCUUUUGUGGAGAAAUUGUCGUUAUUGAAAAAUUCUGUUAACGUUUUCCAGAGGUCGGGGAAAACCGGUUCCUAAAGCAGAUUCACCUUUUUUUUUUGUAUCCAAGGUGAUGUGAUUGCUUGAUGCUGUGAAGAGUCUGUGUCCAGUGUGUUGAAGUUUCACAGAGAAAGAAGACAAGUGUAUUCGGUACCUUUGAAAUAGCAUAGAAACCAUGGCCUCGGAUAAAGAUCACGUUGAAAUUAAUAUUGAAGAAACCGCCAAAGAAGGCGAUUCCAAACCAGUGACCCCGCCGAUUGUGCCGGAAGUAAGCACGCUUGGCAAUCAGGAGGUUAAACCACCGAAAACCUCUACCACUGGUCGAGGACGUCAGCAGUUGAAACCAAGUGGCGGCACCACUAGCAGAAGCCGUUCCGGUAGCCGCUCACCCGGUCGCCGGACUCGCCGAGACACAACUUCCGCCCAGAACGAUGCCAUCCCGUUGCUGCCGAUGGACGAGGGAGGUCGACAGCCCAGACCAAGACCACCGAUCGCUGACCAAGAGCAGGAUGACGAGUCGGACGAUCGAUUGAACUUUGAUUCUGCCGAUUCAGCCUCCGGUGCUGGUGUCGAUGAUGGCUUAUGGCCGGGCAAACAGAACGAUAUUGGCCGGGAGGUGGGCCGAAGGUCACCCGGAAGGCGAAAUAGUCUCCCUCCUAAUCAACCGUUCGGACCAAUAGGACCAAUGGGACCACCGGUUGCACAUCCACUGGAUCGAGAGAUUCCCGAUGUGAACGUUUACCAGCAGAAGAAGAACCUUGCCCAAGGAAUGAUGGAUCUGGCGCUGCUCUCGGCCAAUGCAAAUCAGCUACGCUACGUGCUGGAGUCCUAUUCGAGGCAUCCCUAUUUCUACUUUAGUUUGGUGUUCAUCUCAACUAGCAUCAUCUGCCAGGUGGCCGUAGGCAUUGGGCUGAUCAUGAAGAGUCGCUACAACAUCAAAAGGGACGAAGAUUUCUGCAAAGCUGAUCGGCUCAACAAUAUGAUUACGAUUGGAAUUUUCCUCAUCACUUUGGUCAAUGUACUCAUAUCGGCAUUUGGGGUGGCCGAGCCAUCGAAACAAAGUGCGGUAUGAUCGGUGGACAAAAAACACACAUAUGAUUUUAUCAAAACUAGGCCAAUUGAUUGGAAGAGUUAUUUGGAUUUUACUUAGGGACCUUUUUGUACCCCAGCUUUUUUAAAACAAAAAAAAAACAAGGACCGUGUGGAAAAACGAAAACCAAAAUCAUGAAUUUAUCUUCUUGAACCAGUCAGUAAUCCAUUUUUAACGUGAUUUUGAAUGAAACGUUACGUUUUCGGUGAAAAAACAUAAAUUUAACAUCAAAAGUAACUACGUAAUUUGAAUCUUCAAAAAUUCUGAUAUAUUAGAGAUGAGCUCUAAGAAAAAAAAAUAAUCAAAAUUGAAUCCGCAAGUGCACUUUUACUGAUCGAAAAUUGAAUUUGAAUAUUUUAUCGAAUUUGAACUAUUUAUUAUUUUUGUCCAUCAUUUCAAUGGCAUCAGCGCAUUGCGCAAAAGUGGCGCAAAGGUAACAAGAAUAUUAUAUGUGUGGAUUUGCUAUUCUAGACACCAGCGAAUAUUUACAAAGACAAUCUCUUAAAUUAGCCUUAUAUUUUAGUGUUUCCCAGUGAUAUUGACUUUUAAGAUCUUAUAAUCACGAAUGAAUCUCUUCUUUAAAAAAUUUAUAAAUAAAAAU